AAGGGACUUGGAGUCUGGAGGCUACUCAAACCCAGGACAACCCUCACCCUCUACAACAGGAGGAACUCACUCCUGCUGCCCAGUCUUCUGACCUAGAGUUUAGGAAUAGUAAGGGUAUACUGUAGGGCUAGAGUAGCCAAGAUGGCCAGAUUCUGAAGAUUCUAUGUUGCUGAGUACCAGACCAACCCCCAAUAACUAUUCUGUGGGAUAAAAAGGGUUGGGAGAGGGAGCAGUGUGCAUGGCUGUGGGUACCCAGUAUCUCCAUUCCUGCUUGUUAUCUACCUAGGACAGAGAAGAGCAUACAGCCUGUGUGAUUCUUAAAGGAGAAAGACUCCUAGACCCCUGUAAUGUCUUGAUGGGGGAGGGAGACAGGCUAGCUAGAUGGACCUGAGAAACACAGUGUAGCUAUAGCAAGGUGCAUGAGGCAGGGAUUUAGGUAAGGGGUGCCUAGAGCCUUACUGUCCAAAGCAUGUGUACAACCGGGAUUUGACCUGUCACUCUUAGGGUUUAGAGAAUGAUCUGUGACAGCAGUCAUACUUUUAGUUCUGAAUGAGUGAAUAUAUUUGUGUGUGUCUGUGUGUCUGGUCUCUUUUUGUUUGUUUGUUUUUGUUUUUUUUGAGACAGAAUUUCUCUGUGUGUCAGCCUUUGGCUAUCCUAGAACUCACUUUGUAGACCAGGCUGGCCUGGAACUCGCAGAGAUCUGCCUGCCUCUGCCUCCCGAGUACUGGGAUUAAAGAUGUGCCCAACUAAGUGAAUGUAUUAAGAGAUGUCUCCUUACUCCUUUUGUUCUUUUCUCUGCUAGCUGUAGGGAUGGGUCAGGAGCCUGCUGACCACAUGGCUACCUUUGAAAGCCUAGGGAGCAUGUCCCUCCAUUAACUUUCCUUCCUGCAAGAUGUGCUCUGGCUACAGUCUAAUCUCCGAAGAAAGACUCUGUGGCCUCUCUGAUCAAGAAGAUAGCCCUCAGGAGACAGAGGCAAGCAGAUCUCUGAAUUCGAGGCCAACCUAGUCUACAGAGGGAGUUCCAGGACAGCCAGGGCUACACAGAGAAACCCAGUCUGGAAAAACCAAACCAAACCCACACCAACCAACCAACCAACCAACCAAAUUAUCCAGCGCAAAUUUACUAGAGAAUUCCUGCCAAGGCAGUCAGUUGGUGACAGAGUUCUGGGCCGAGCAGAAUGAGGCGUCCAAGUAAAAGAACAAAUAACAGAAAGUAACAUCGAGUCCUGGCUUAGAAAUAUCCAGAGAAACCCCCUGGGAAGUCAUGGCAUUCCACAAGCAAGUUUCUCUCUGUUUGCUGCUCAUGGCCAGGCUUCCAGCUUCUCCUUCCUUCUACCCACUCUUAUAUCACAGGAUAAACAACAGAAACCUCAGCUGGAAAUGGCUUGCUUAUUUAUUUAUCUAUCUAUUUAUUUAUUUGCUGUUCUCUUCCUGUCACAGAGUUGGGGGAGGGGACAUAACAUCCCUAGAAAAGUAGUCUCAAAGGACACUUUGAGGUAAAUAUGCCUGGGUCUGAAAGGAGGGGAUAGCAACUCUGCUUCUAGAGGAAGCUUCUCAGGUGAACUCAAACAACACAUGGCAAUUUACCAAUAUAAUGUACAUUACACACUUGGAGUUAAGUGUGUGCUUGUGUGCUAAUGUGGUUAAAGGUGCUAAAAUUGGAUCAGCCUGAAGAACAAAACUAAUUAGUCAAAUAGGGAGGAGCAAAGGUUAUAUUCAAAAUUCCGUAAGUGUUGGAGUGGAGAGGGUGCCGGCUCUAGACAAUCCUGCCAUAGGGAAGACAAAGAAGGCUGUGUAGUUACCAGCAGGUCCCAGAAGAGUGGUGAAGAUUAGUCAGAAAUGGGGUCAAUACUGCUCGAAACUACUGGUUUAUCCAAAGCAGUACAUUUUGGGAGCCAGAUUCCCCCGCAGCAGAAACCCGUCUACCACUCAGCUGUGACCCUGGGCUGGCCUUUACUAUAAACCUGUUUCCCUCUGGGCUGUGGUGUGGGAUUAAAGCAAGAGGAAGUUGAGCACCAGGCAUAGCACAUGGAUGUUCACUGUCAUCUAUAUGCCUUCAGGGGAGUUGACCACAGAGGACUGAGAUGUCGAGAGAUGCAGGCCUCAUCCAGGAUGAAGGGGCAACCUGGUACUCAUCUCAUCAGUCUCACUGGUGGGGCUGUAGCCAGAGCUGGGGCUUCCCGGAGUUCCAGACUCAGUCUAGAUGGGGAGGUUCAUGUUUCCAGGGCUGUUCCUGCUGGUCUCUUCUAGACGUCUUCCUUCAUGAUAUGUUUGUUGCAUAUCCCCAGUGUGUUCCUAGGGUCUUUGUUGCCUGCUCUGUAGUGCAGAUGGGCAACUUUGGGACCUGUAGGGUAUUGACGGUCCAACUCUUACGUAAGGAGCACAGCUUGGCCUUUCCAGAGCCACAGUACCCUAUUUCCUUGUGCCAGUAGUUCUGUGGUCCUUUCUGUGUUCUAGAGCUCCUGCUGAGGGGUACUUUGAUGGCUCUAGCAAGAAGCCAGUCUCACUGCAUCCUUUGUGCUGGCUUGCCAGAGGCCUGAGCCCACCUGAGAUGCCUGCAGGCCUGGCCUUUUACCCUAGUACCUUGACCUGCUUCUUGUGAGAGGGAGCCCAGCAGGAUGCAUCCAUGUUUCAGCUGCUUUGUCUUCUUAGCAGAACCUCCUGAUGCUGUCCAGCACAGAUGCCAGAGUGACAGUCUCUACCCCAGCACAAACCUGGGGCAACACCCAUCCAUUUGGAAGAUACCACCAAAUCAGCAACAGUAUGGGACGAGGCCAAGCACAGCACAGAAUGUAUAGUCAGUGAUCCUAGGAAACAGAGUCUCCUAGAUUGUUUUGUAGUGUUUGCCACACAAACAUGGGGGCCUGGGAUUUACAUAAUAGGCAGGAAGUGGGACUUAAGCGGGUAGAGGCUCCUGCUGCCAAGCCUAUUUGAGUAGACCCCUGGCCCCCACAGAGUAGAAGGAGAGAACAGAAUUCUUCAAGUUGUACUCUGACUUCCAUACAUGCACCUGCCACACAACAAAUAAAUAAUACACACAUAAGUAAAUAAGUGCAUACAAAUAAAUAAUAUGCAAUUUAAAAGAUUUUGGCUGACAAGAUAGGUCAGUGUAUAAAUGUGCUUUCUAACAACACUGAUGAACUGAGUUUGGUCCCCAGAUGAUGGAAGGAGAGAUCUGACUCUAGCACAUUGUCUUCUGACUGCCACAAGUGCAUGUGGUGCAGGUACAUGUGUGCAUUCACACACACACAUACACUAAAUAAAUAAGUAAAUAGGUCCUCCCAGCUUCAUCCCCUAGGAGGUGAUGUCUUUCAGCCCCUGCCACCUGGGGGACUGGGAGUGGCCCUUGAUUCUGCUUUCCCCAGCUUCAGCUUCCCAACAGCUGUGCAGCACAGAGAAGCAUGUCCUGGUGCAAAACAGGAAAGGACAUGUAAAACUUGGGGUGCAGUACAUGGGUAUAUGGGUCCCUACCUCUGCUCUUGGUAGAUACGUAGCUUGUCCAACAGCUGCACCUGGACAAAUACAAGGACAGGCUCAUGGGAAAGGAUGAGAGAGACCACACCUUUCCCAUUCCCUCUUGGGCUGCCCAUCUGCUGCCGUGUCACCCCUCCACAGCAUGCUCCCUCAUGUAGGUGUCCCCUUUACUGCCUGCAAACUGAGAAGGCCCUGUGGGUCUCCAAAGGCAAGCCCUGAGGAUUCAUAGAGUCCCACGUUCCCAGAACACUGUAAAGUGUGUCAGCUCCUUUCUUAGCAGGAUCAGGUGACUUUAGAGAGUGGCCACCAGGGGGACCUCUAGGCACACAUCUGUCCAGUCUUGGAGGUGGGGCCAGGUCAGGCAGGUGGGCAGGCACUUUCAGAGGCUUCCUGCUGCCCUAAGUGCUGAGUGUGCCUGUGUGUGAAGUGCUGUGUAUGUGUGUAUGUGGUAAUGCAGCAGUCCACUGCCCUAAGUACUCUGUGUGUGUGUGUGUGUGUGUGUGUGUGUGUGUGUGUGUAUUGCAGCAGUCUGUAGGGCUGUGCCAGGCCCUGGCUGGAGGAGGGUCCACAGGGUCUCUUAGGCUGGGCAUAAUGUGUGAUCCUGAUCCUGUGAGUUCCAAACUGCAGAGCUGGGGUUGGUUGCCCUUGUCUCCCAGAGAGCCCAGUAAUUCGGGAAGCCUGGUGAGGUGAAGUGUUAUGUUGAGGGCCUGGCUUUCCCUUUGACUCAUGCUUUCUCACUCCCUUUUAAUUCUGAUCCAUUUCAGGGCUAAACUUCUAAGCUGUAUUCUCCAGUUAGCAUGUUCUCAUGAUUUGGGGCCCCUACAGAAGCCAAUCUGAGCUGGCAUGGGAGGGGGUAUGACAGUACUAAGGCAAUUGUGGAGGAGGCUCCUUCAAAUCCACCCAAGAAAGCAACAGGCUGCAGCUGUGGGUGAGGCUGGGGCAAGGGCCCCAGGCAGCCUGGCAGUACAAACAGGAAGGACAGCAGGUUCUGGCAGCAGAAGCCUGCGGCCUCCAGCUGACAGGAUGGCCUCCUUCCUGCAGGUCUCCACUGCCUUCUGAUUUCCUGUCACAAGGAGAAAAGGCAGGGUUCACUGAAGCCAGGGUGUAGUUCUCCUGGGGUCACUGUACUUGGGGAGAGAUGGAGAUAGAUGCCAGAGGUGGAAUCAAAAGGGCAGAUACCACUAUGGUCACCUCACUAAGGCCGGAGUGACUAGAACAGCAAGGGCACAGCUGCCUACUCCAUGGCCAUCUUUAGUUGUAUCUUAAGUCAGCUAGAUAGUUUCUAAUGGCACCCACACCCUCCCUUCCCCUUUAGGCAUUUUGCAAGCUCUCCACCACAAUCUGGAGGAUAUACCCAGGCUGUGGGGGUGAGAGGGGGAGGGCACCACUGAGGUGCUAAUCAGUCACCUUCUCCUGCGCUCACCUCUGCCCCCACCACGGGUCUGCGGUCAGUUACUUGGUUCCUGUCUCAACAGAGCCAUGUCAUGUGAGACCAUGGCUAGGGGGGCCAGGAGUCCUAGAAGCCAGGGGUGAAAUAGGGCAGGGCUGAGUGAAGUAUAAGAGGCAGUUCCUAAAGGGGAUGCUGGGGCAACAUAUUUGGCCAACAGUUUCUUUUCUUUCAGAACUCUUGGUCUGGAUCUCUGGGACAUGGCAAGCCAGGCUUAUCUUUCCCCAUAUGGGGCCCCACAGUGUGGCAGCAGAGCAGGAGAUCUGGAAGCACCUUGGCUAAAAGCCUUGUAUAGGCUGAAGCACUGGGUGCCCCUGCCAGGCCACCCUACCCUGGUCUGCAUCUCCUGAUAGGGGGGUUGGGUGAGGGGCAGAGGAACCUUAUCCCCAAGCUGUAGGUUAGCCCAACAGGGCCAGCUGGAAGGAAACCAAGCAAGCCUGGACCUGAGGCUCGGACUAGUCUUCCUGAUUCUGGAGUGGGUGCCAACCCCCCUGCCGACCAGCUUGCCUGCCUAUGUCCAGGACACACAGACUCCUUCCCUUUCCAGACUGGAAAGCCCCCUGUUGGGAUAGCAGGAAGGAAGUGACCUACAGCUCUUCCAGUCCACCCAGGACCUUGGGCAGAGCUUACAGCUCAAGGGUGCAUCUAUUGGGGAGGCAGCUGUGAUUUGAAAACCUUGUUUCCUUGGGUGACUGAUUCCAGAGGCUGUAGAUGAAUUGUGCUGGGUGCAACCCCACCCGAAGGCUGAGAGCCUGGGGGGUCCUGGCUGGAGGUGCAGCACUCAUAUCCCUCUGGCUCCUUUGGUUACUGGGAUCAGGUCCUGGAGGUGCCCCAGUGCCUCAGCCCACAGUUACCAUUCUUAUCUGGCACUGGCCUUUCACCAACCGGCCUCCAGAGCUGCCUGGUGACACCUGCACUCACUAUGGCAUGGCCAGCUGUCGCCUGAGUGCUAACCGGAGCCUACUAGCCAGUGCAGAUGCUGUGGUCUUCCACCACCGUGAACUGGAGACCCGGCAAUCUCAUCUGCCCCUGGACCAGAGGCCACAGGGACAGCCUUGGGUCUGGGCCUCCAUGGAAUCACCCAGUAAUACCCAUGGUCUCCGUCGCUUCCGAGGCAUCUUCAACUGGGUGCUGAGCUAUCGACGUGAUUCAGAUAUCUUUGUACCCUAUGGUCGCUUGGAGCCCCUCUCUGGGCCUACACCCCCACUACCGGCCAAAAGCAGGAUGGCUGCCUGGGUGGUCAGCAAUUUCCAGGAACGGCAGCAGCGCGCAAGGCUGUACCGGCGCCUGGCCCCUUAUCUGCAGGUGGAUGUGUUUGGGCGUGCCAGUGGACGGCCCCUGUGCCCUAAUUGUCUACUGCCCACUGUGGCCCAGUAUCGCUACUACCUGUCGUUUGAGAAUUCACAGCACCGAGACUACAUUACUGAGAAGUUCUGGCGUAACGCUCUAGCAGCUGGUGCUGUGCCUGUGGUUCUGGGACCUCCUCGAGCCACCUACGAGGCUUUUGUGCCACCAGAUGCCUUUGUGCAUGUAGAUGACUUCAGCUCAGCCCGUGAGCUGGCUGUCUUUCUUGUCAGCAUGAAUGAGAGUCGCUAUCAUCGCUUCUUUGCUUGGCGAGACCGGCUCCGUGUACGGCUCCUAGGUGACUGGAGGGAACGCUUCUGUGCCAUCUGUGCCCGCUACCCUUAUUUGCCCCGUAGCCAGGUCUAUGAAGACCUUGAAAGCUGGUUCCAGGCUUGACCUCCUGCUGAGAGAGGAUGUGUGUGUGUGGAAGACUGAUGUUGAAACCAAAGAGCUGGACAUCCAGCCUCUUGGGUCACCAAGGAACUAACCUGAGCCUUGGGUCAGUGAACAGAAAGUCAGGAUAUGAGAGGAGCAAACUGGGCUGGAGAAACCAUCUGGAUGAGGAAGCUGGUGGGCCCUAAGUAGGGAUCCCAGAAAAGAGGCAGCAGCAUGGAGGGGGUUAAUUAGGAGCAUAUUGCACAAGCUAAUCAAACAGGAAAGGCAGCUGAGCACCCCUGACUUACCUUGAACACAUCCAUGGUUCAAGGCUAGAUGAAAUGGGGAGGCAGUAUCUCUGGGGCUGGGAACAUCCAAGGCUGUGAUUAGUGGGGCCCUGAACCUCCACAAUCAUGAUGCUAGCUUCAGGGAUGUAGGACCAUAUUCUAUAUCUGGGUGCAGACCAUGAGCUGAGCCUGGGGUGUGUGAGAAAGGGCAGUGUGGCUGAUUCUGGGCUUUGGGCACCACAGUCCCCUCAGGGAAAGAGGCACCACUAAUAAAGACACUAACACAAAUCUCCUGGGUCAAGUCUGCCAGGCAGCCACGUACACCAGCCAGCCUCCACUACUUCUUCCCUCCAUCAGCCACUGGGGUUCUUGUUUCUGCCCAAGAGACGUGCUUAAGUUGCACCUUACCAGGAUCCCUUUACUCCCCUCUUCAAAGCCCAUGACACAGACAGGUCAAACAUAUGUUUGACCUGAAGUCAAACAUAUCUGGGGCUGGCGGUACCACAUGUCGUAGAUCUCAGAUUGGAGGGGUGUCCUAUGUGACAGGGCCCCAUUUAUGAUGGCAGGUAGAGAACAUUUGUGAGGGGAUUCAAUGAAGAUCUUGCUGCAGAAGAAGCAUCUAUGUUGGGUAUGAGGAGAGGAGAUGAGGGGCUGUGUCUGAUAGGUUCAGCUCCUGGGUUAGGUUGAGCUCCUGGGUUGGGUCUAGGGUUUGUCCGUGCCUUGGGGGUGGGGUGGCAGGGCAGGCAGGAAGCUCCCCUCCCCCUGUGGUUUGUGGGAAAGGCCUGCCCAUGGCUUCCUGCCCUGAGACAGCCCCAUGUGCUCACUGGGGAGAAGGAAGUGUCCUGAGGCUGGAGGUGGGUGGGGCUUUGUGUCCUCUCCCAUGAACCCAGGAGUAACCUCUCCUCAGAGAAAGAGCUGGAAAGUGGGGGGAAGCUUUAGCCCUCGAAGGUUUUCAUCCACUUUAAGAGCAACCUGCAUGUCCCCGGCACACAGCCUCUACGCUCCUUUCACAGGUGGGAAAGCCAAGCUGGUAAGCAGCCGGCAAACACCACCCACAGGAUUUUUCCAUUGCUGGCGCUAGUGGUCCUCUGCUGCCCCCUGCCGGCAUAUUGAGAAAUUAGUCCUGCAACAGUAUCGAUAGGCCCACCAAAAUAAACAUCAGGCUUCAUGUGUAGAAAGCAGCCAGGCUUACAUGGAUAUGUAUGGUGUGGUGCGGGGUAAACCACUUAUACUAGGGACAGCCUGUCUUCCGGCUGUGCUCCCUCACUGCUCACAGCUGCAGUAUGGGUAGGGUGGUUGAGGCAUGAUCUGGCAGCCACAUUGGAUGACUGGAAUAAAUCUCACACUUAUGAUGCCUCGGCACCAUUUUUUUUUUUUUUUUAAAUAUAAGCCUAACCUUAUCAGGCCAGAAUUGGGGCUCUCUCACCUUUAGCAGUUUCCAAUUAUGCACUCUCAACCCUUCAUGUGGCAUGUCUACUAUUUGUGCCUGGCUGAUGUUUCUGCUGCCCAGACUGCUGAGCUGCUCAUCUGUGUGGAAAGCACAGAUAGGCUGCAGUUACCAACUCUCAGAGGCCUGUGCAACUUCAGCUUUCUUGUUUUAAACUCAGUUAAAACUCCCGAGAAGCCUGUUUGGAUGACACCCUGGACCCCAAAACAACUCGGCCCACAGCUGUCUCCAUCUGCAUGCUGUGGAUGUGUAUCACUUCCAGGCUCUGUAAAGCAAAAUGCAACAUUCACUUCCACUGUGUCUCUCCUAACCACUUAAAGUGCUCAACUUUGUGUAUGUGUGUUUUAGACAGUCUCAUGUAGCCUAGGCUGGCUAUAGUCGAGAAUAACUCCUGAAGUCUUGAUCCUCUGGCCUCUGCCUUUCUGGGAUUACAUGUGCAUGGUUGCUCUCUAUUAUUUUAUUAAGAUAGUAUCUCUCUAUGUAUCUCUGGCUGGCCUGGAACUCUCUGUGUAAACCCGGCUGAACUUGUACUCCAGAUACCUGCCUGUUUCUGCCUCCUAAGUGCUGAGGUUAAAGCUGAGCUGCCAUGUUCUGCUGUUGCCCUCCAUUUUGAUAAUCCAGACAAAUGUCAUUUCAUCAGCAAGGGACACAGAAAGUUCUUGUGAGGGUGGUCUAAACACAGCAGUCCCUCUUACCAGGCUUCUCUUUAAAAUAUCUGGCACCCUAUGCUCUUGGGCUGCAUGCUGCAUCUCGAGCCUUGUUGUAACCCUAACCCUGACAUUGUUCAUCCUACAUGGAUGGGAUUCUCAUAAUGGGGCGAUGUCCCUCCUCUAAAUGACUG